UACGGGGUUCGCGCGGUCGUCGGGUCAAAGGUUGGGCGUGGAGUUGCGUAAUGAUGCGCUCGGAGGUGCUGCGCGUGAAAAGCGACAGAUCAGCUGCUAGAGACGGCCUCCAGGUGAACAUCGGCCACAGAUGACGGCGGCCAGCUCGGAGGAGAGCGUGAGGACGGAGCUGGAGACGCUGCUGGACUCUUUCUUCUCUCCCACUGCCACAAAUGAUCAGAGACUGAAAAUCAAUGAGCUACUGGACAGCUUUGCUCAGCAGCAGGGGGUGUGGCUAUGGCGAUACUGUGUCUAUUUCCUCCAGACGUCCACCAACCACCAUCUUCUCAUGUACUCACUGAACCUGUUGGAGAACUUGGUGACGUACAAGUGGCUGUCAAUUGACCCCGCACAGAGGGUGGAGCUUCGUCAGUUCCUGACCUCUCACCUCCUUGCCCACCACGCCUCCCUCCCUCGUUUCCUUAGCAACAAGUUUGUCAAAGUGAUCACGUUCAUCGGGCGAUCUGAUUGGCCGCAUGAGUACCCAGACUUCAUCCGGAACAUUCUACAGCUACUGAGAGGGCAGGAGACAGUGGUGGUGGGACUGCAGCUGCUGCAGACAGCCUCAGAGGAGCUAGGGAGCCCGCGCUCUGACCUCCUCACCACCACACGCCGCGAGACCCUCCUCUCCCUCAUGACUCAGGAGAUCCCCACCUUCCUCUCCACUCUCAUCUCCCUCCUCAACUCCGUCGCUGAGAAACAGCGUCACACCAUCGCACCGACCCCGCCCCCUUCUCCCGGGGGUUCGCCUCUCCGACACACGACCCCUCUCAUCAGAGUCGUGACCCCUCCCCGACCUUCGCACCCUCACCUCUCCCCGUUCACCACGCCCACUCAGUCCCUCCUCGCCAAAUCCCCAUCAUCGCCACACCCACAGGUCCCCGCCUACCAACCGUUUGGUCCUCUGGACCCGAGACUGGAGGAAGUGUGCGUCGGCUGUCUCUCGUGUCUCUCUCAUCUCUUCAGCUGGAUGCCCCUCUCUAGCAACAUCACCCCACAGGUCCUCGACACCAUCUUCUAUUUCGCAAGUCUAGGCUGCGAGAGCGCGGAGGAUUCGUCGGACGUGGCCGGCCUCCUCGGCUCCCUCGCCAUGGAUUGCGUAAUCGAGCUGCUCGUGAAGAACUGCGUCCCGCGAGAAUUCGAGGCUUUCCUGAUGAAACUGUUUGACAAGUCGUUUUCUCUGCUACAGAGACUGACAGGAGUCACUGAAAGAGGAGAACCCAUUAAUUUCUUCCAUCUUCAUGAGAGGUUCCUGGGGAAAUGUAGCGACUUCUUCUACUGGUUUGUCAACUCCCACCUCAAGAGGGUGGAGUUCAACCCCAACUUCCCUGUUCUAGAGUUCCUCUCUCUCUUCUACAAGUACACCUUCAAACAGCCAGGGGUGGACAAUUUUUGUGUGUGUCUUGGAACGUGGGGAGUGUUUCUGGAUCACCUCAUUAUGAUGUCAUCGGGAAUCCACGGCGGACAGUCUCCGCCCAACAACGACCACUAUGAGAGGUACCGAGAGAUCUUGGUGAGUAUGAUGGACAGUAUUCUGAAGAAGAUUCAGUUGAGACACAACAUCAACGAACUGAGGGAGAUCGACGACGAUACAGUGGACGACGACAAUGAGACGGAGUGGCAGAGUUUUCUGCGGCAGAGUCUAGAGUACGUGGCAAAGGUUGCGAAACUCUUCCCUCUCCACGCCUUCAGUCAGCUGGUCCCUCUCCUGGAGUCUUACUCCAGUGUCUACCUCAGUCUGGCUCACCUCAUCUCUCGGAGUGGAGACUCUGCCACUCUAGCAAUAGCGGACGGACCAGACUGCGAGAAGCUCCACGUCGUCCUGAAAGACCUGGCCUCUGUCCUGCAGGCUCUGGGCGGAGUCUCAGAGCACUUUGUCGAUGGGGCAUUCACAAUGCGUCUCCACGACGCCCAGCUCCUCGUGAGGAAGUUCUGCAUCAUUGCCAAGUUCAGCACAGACAACCUCCUCUUUAACCUCUCCACUCCUAUCCCCGAGAUCCUCAGUCACGACUUCAUCGAAAUGCAUGCACAGGUGCUAGGAUCAAUCCAAGCCUUCACUCACUGGCUGUCUGAACUAUACCUCGUCUCUCAGAGGACUAGUAGCCAAUACACUGAUACUGUCAUGUGGUUCGCCUCCGCCAUUGUCGACUCCGCCCACCCACUAAUUGCAAGGGAUAUCCCCGAAAAAGUCGUCCUCUCCGCCUGCCAGCUGCUGUUGUCGUUGGCAACCACAGUCCGCCUGAAAUUCGCACUCUCGCUGCCAGGAGUGAAGGAGUUAACCAAGAAAGCCAAGGACGGGGAGCUCGGAGAUAUUCCUCACAGAGCGCAGUGUAUGGUGUACAGAGCCCUGACCAACAUGUUGGUUCUCGCCUGGCCCGAAACCAGCGACUCACAACAGCAGUGGGAGUGGCGCACUGCCGAGCUCACCCAAGUGGUUGCUGGGGCAACCAAGGUGUUUACGGAGCUAUGCGGGACGAGUGGGUGGAGCCAAGAGGAGUGGCUUGUCCAGCAGGCCAAGUCCCCCGUCCGCCACUGUCUCUCUCUCCUACAAGAUCUCGUCUCCUCGCUGUCGGCUGAAAGACCGAAAUCAAAACAAAUGCUCUUCGCGGCUCUCUCUCCCUCUCUUGACUUCAUUGUGUCUCUCUUCUCGACCUACCUUCAUCAUUCAGAGGUCCUAGCCCCGCUCAUGGGGUUCUUCCACGCUCUGUUUCACUCCAUGAGGGCACAGGUCGGCUCCGCCCUCACCGAGAAGACGAUACACACGUUCAUGGCUCUGUUGACGAGAGAGCAUCUGCAGGAGGCCCUCGCAGAGGAGGCCAGUCUCGCAUCACAGGUCGUCGAGAAGUUCCUCAGUAUACUGAAGCUGCUGGUGAGUGAGGGGACGUCAGGUAACAGAGAUCUCCUCUCGUCAGCCAUUCAGUUCUCACUGAGACAGAUCUACCCCAUCAUCUCUGAGAAGGCUGCUCCUGACGUCAAAUCUGUCCUCUUUGAUCUCCUGUUCCAGCUACUGCUGAACAACUGGAGGUUCUUCUUCCCUCACUCAGUUCUCUCUCACAUGGAGGGAGAGGCAGUUGACCUGUCUCUGGUACACAGAGAAGACUUCUUUGCCAUCAUGGAGGCAUUUGGCCAUUCAUUUCUACAGAAGGACAUUGCUCUUUUCAAGCAGAACUUGUCAGCUCUGGAGACACUCAAUAAGAAACACAAACUAUACUCAAAGGUUCAGUUCAGAGAUCACAUGUUGCAUCCUCUGCUGCGAGUGCUGCUGGAGGCUCUGGUGAGCAAGUCCCACAGCCUCCUGCAGGAGGAGAUCUGUCUCGGGGUGCACAGCAUGGCCGCCGUCCAUUUCCCCUCGUACCACCAGCAGUUCAUCCUCCAGUACCUCUCCUCUGUGGAGGGACUCUCAGACACACAUCGCUCCUUGCUGGCCCAACAGUACAAGAUGGUCGAGGAUCUCCCGUCGUUUGUCCUCAAUCUUCAGCAGUUUGUCAAUGACCUUCGCUGCUACAUCAUCCUCAGUCGCAGUGUUCCUGGGGGCUCCGUCAGCCUCACUUGACAAACUCCUGCCUUUCUCACCCGUUUUUUUUGUUAUUUUGAAUUUCACAUUUCACUUGAGUUUGCGUUCUCA